AUGGAGGCACGAACCAACUGCACGACGCCAAUCCUUCAGCCGGUCGCGAGCUUGCUUUUGCGCUCGCUCUGGUGGCUGGAGGUCCAGAGCCUUCGCCACGUCGCCGACAUCGAUCGCGGCCAUGCCACUUACGAUUGCGCAAGGGACCUGGCCGAUGAAGCCUCGCUCAACAACCUGGCCAACUUGCUGCGCGUGUCGGGCAAGCACCGAGAGGCCGAGGCGCUGCACCGCCGCGCGCUGGAGGGCAAAGAGCGGGAGUUGGGCCGGGACCACCCUUCGACGCUGGCGUCCGUCAACAACCUCGCCAUCCUGCUGGAGGACGUCGGCCGGCACGAGGAGGCGGAGCGCCUCCACCGGGCGGCCCUGGAGGGAAGGCAGCAGGCCCUCGGGCCAGGGCACCCGAGCACGAUGGCAUCCGUGCGCAAUUUGGUGAAGCUCCUGCGGGCUACCGGCAGGUCCCAGCUCGCAGUUGGUGAUCAUGGCCCCCACCAAGGAGGCGCAUGA